AGUGAAUUUCUUAGGGAAAGGUGAUUUUGAUGAGCUUCAAAAUAUUUCAAAAUACUAGACUGAUGAUCAGGACUCACCAUGGUUGAGUGACCACACUAGAAAGACUACCAUCAGCCAGGUAAACACAACAAUGUUAUAGACAAUUUGAUCAGCAUGUAUUCUACCUGAGCAGUCAAACCGGCCAUUCUUACAUAUGUUUUGAUUUGGAGUCAUAAGUGACUCUCUCCUGUAUCAUACAUACUGACCAGUUGAUAUUUAUAUUGAAGAGAACUCUACCUCAGUUAUUGUCUACUUCCAACAUGGCUGCUAGUAAUCUAAGGAGUGGUAGUACAAGUGGAAAAACUGCUAAAAAUAAUAACCCCAGAUUGAGUGAUGCUAAUUUAAAAUCCGGAAAACUAUCAACUGAUGAAAGACUAGAUGAAAUCUGCGUAGUGUUAGCCUCACUUAAAGAUGACAUGAGAUCUCAGAUAAGGGCACUCGGUGAUGAGAUGAAAGCUGAAAAUAGAGAUCUUGUUGAAAGGCUUGAAAGUAGAGUGAUGGACUUAGAGCUAAGAAAUGAUGUUCUUAAUAAGAAAGUGACCCUGUUGGAGCAACAAGUUAUUGACCUAAAGGAAAAUCAAAGAAAACAAGAGUGGGUUGACAAUGAUAUUGAACAACAAGGGCGAAAAAAUUCUAUUAGAAUAAUUGGUCUUGAGGAUAAAAACAGAAAUGAAACUGUAGAACAGAGUGUAGAAAAGAUAGUUAAUUUUGUGAAAAACAAAUUGAAGGUGCCAAUUACUGAGGCUGAUAUUGAUACGGCUCACAGACUUGGACCGUAUACUGGACAAAGACCGAGAAAUCUGAUAUGUAAAUUUACACAUAGAAGGAAGAAAAUGGAGAUUAUCAGGAACCGAAAAAUUCUCAAAAAGUCAGGAAUUGUCAUCACAGAGGACCUCACUAGGAUUAACCAACAAAGACUGAAAUUGGCCUAUGAGUUACCUUGUGUUGAGAAAUCCUGGAGUAUGGAGGGUAAACUUUUUGCAUUGCUGAAAAAUGGUAAAAAGAGACAACUUCUCUACACAACAGAACUGACUGAGGAGUUCUUGACAAAUGACAGAAACUUCCCAAGGAGCUUUUAAUAUUUCCGUUGUGCAAUCUUUCAAGGACAAGUGAACUCUGUAAAACUUUUGACUCAUAAAAUACAUAAAUAUAGAUUAAGAUAUGCAUGCAUUUACAUAUAUGUUUUACAAAAAUAUGUAAUCUAUAUAAAGAAUUAUUUUAAUAUUCUGGGUAGUUCAAAUUAAUAUAGCUUCAGUAUUAUGUUCAACACAGAGGAGAGUUAGUUUUACUCCUAAAAUGUACUUAUAUAUAGUGAAGUGUUGAGGCUAUUCAUGAAUGCGAGUCGAAACUGGAUUAAUACUUAUACUAGUUAAUGCAAGUAUGUAUACUCUUCUCAGUCCGAUAAAAUAGUAAAAUUAUGGUGGCAUUUUUUAGGGGUUUUCUUUAGCCCAUUAUUUUUCUUUUUUACUCCUUAGCUGUACUGUAUGGAUCUAUGGUAACUUCACAAUUAUGUACAUGUGAAUCUACUUACGUUAUUUAGGGCAUGUAUCUAUCUUCGUACAAAAUAAAGAUAGUAAUUGGUAUAUAAUCUUGAAGAGAGUGCAACUCCUUCCAAUAAUAAUUUGAUAUAUAUAUAUACAUGUA